GCCACGAGUGAGAUGAAAUUUGAAAUUAAUUUGGUGUUUUGCGUGUUGGUGGUCCUUACCGGCUCAUCGCAGACAAGAGGUCAGAGCAGUGCUUUGCCUCCUGUCCUCACCCUGGCUGCCUUCCCAAGUCAUGCUGACUUCACAGCAUCUCCUGACCUGACAGAGAAUCCUGGGAACGAGGUCCCACAGCAGACACAUAAUCCUGCAGCCAGGGAUGAAACCUCAGCUGAAACCACAACCAUUACCAAGAUCGAAGGGACAAUCCAUUCAGAAACUGCGACAAAUGCAGUGCACACGACGCACACGAUGUACACAACGCACACAAUGCACACAUUGGCCCCGAGCUCUGCAGCGGCUCCAUCUCAACACGUGAAUGUAACAGUUGUCAUGACUGCUCAGCCUGGUACCACCUCUCCAUCAGCUGCUCCAAACAGCCUUUCAUCCACACCGACCGUACAGAGCACCACCCCUCAACAGCACGUUUCAACCACUGAAGGCAGAGCCUCCCUGACCACAAACCCCCUCACCGCCUUUUCAUCUCAGCCAACCCAGGAUCCAAACUCCACAGCCCACGCCUCCACACAGCCACAUUCUGAAGCACUGACAACAGCCACCGCACAGACAACAUCAACCACAGGACGCCCUCUGACCUCAGCUCCAGGCCCGGGCCCUGUUGGACCGACACACCAGGAGGUCCCAUCUGAGCUUAAUGUUGGAGAUGAAGAAUUGAAGGGACCCCGCUACCGCUCAAGCUCCCCUCUAGACCCCCUGCUCGCUGGUCUGCUGUCAGUCUUUAUUGUCACCACUGCAAUCGUCUUUGUCGUCCUCUUCCUCAAGUUCCGCCAGCGGACCAACCACCCGGAGUUCCACCGACUGCAGGAUCUACCCAUGGAUGAUUUGAUGGAGGACACGCCACUCUCCAGAUACACCUACUGAUGGAAGUGUUCUGUCACUUCCACUACUCAGAGAACAGAAGCAAAGCAGACACCAAAGGACGACCAGCAAGGAUAUGAGUAAAGCCUCUGCCUGGAUGCAGCUGCAUCUCUGCGGAUGAGUUUUCCCCUGUCACUGAGAGAUUUGGGUCAGUGAUAAAAAAUUUAUCUGUGGUUCCAUGAGAAGGAUUCGUAAAUGGGAGAUUUCUGCAUAACUUUUUUCCACAUUCCCUUUAAACUUCCGGAGAUCUUCAGUCUGGUGGGAACCUUUUUGUGUGCUUUCUUUCCUGAGGCGAGUAAAUAGUACCUCUGCACCCCUGACUGACUCCUUAAGUAUGCACAGCACUUUAAUGUGGCAUGAAUGGCCGCAAUGCCCCCUAGGGGACAUCUGAGGUAAUGUGGAUCAAGGUUGCAUGAAGUCCUCCACUGUAAUUAAGAGACAACCUCAGGAAUACGAUGGUGAGACACAGACAGAGUGAGGAAAUUAAGUGCUUCAGGACACAUUGGAAAGUUGCCCCAAAACUAUUACUAUAAGUAAUAUCAUUUAGGAUCCCUUAGCUGACCAAAUAUUAAAGAAGUGCACUUUGAAACCAAACUGCCAGGUUGCACAGGUUGUCUUAAAAAUGACAUCUAAGGGUCUUACAGAAAAUCAACACAAAAAUCAGGAGAUUUUAAAAAUUCAGAAGCCAUAUUUUUGGAAAAAUUGGCAUGCCGGUUCCCUUGGAGGCCACUCAUUCAAUUGUACAAAUUCAAGUCAGAGUUUUUCAAGUCAGAUUUUUUCAAAUUGAUACAUGGGAGAUAUAUAAUGUUUCAGCCUUUAAUGUGUACUUAUAAGUGUUAAUCAUGUCAAAUGCUGGUAUAAAAAAACUUGAAUUUGGUUAACCUGUUGUUGAUGUGUAAUUCAGCCGUGCACACUGAAAAGAGACCCUGCUACACGAAACAAACACUUUAAUGUGAGUAAACUGUAAGGAUAAAACACACUUUUAUUGUUAAAUGUGUUGUAAAAUUCGUAUUUAUAAAGGAUGUAUGUGUUUCUGCACAGGUUGUGUCUUUCUAAUGCUUUAAGUUUAGGUAAUGAGAAGCAGCAUCGGGGAGUUCACAAGUUAUUGUUAGCUGUAUAUCUGUAUUAGCUGGAGUAUCAUGCAAAUGUGCUAGAACUGAGCUGUUGCAUCAGUUUUUACCUGCUGUCAUUUCUGAGUUACCCUGCUGUUAAGUGCCAACAGUGAUGUAUGAUAAUAUGCCAUUGAAUUGUGGACUAUAAGAACUUAUUGAUAGAAGAAUUUCCUGUUUGAUAAUAAAACAGAAACCACUA